AAAAAAAAAGAGAGAAACACCUCAGAUUUCUUGAUAACGGAAUACCAAAAAAUCUCAGUCUCGGGACACACAAAUUAUUUGCUCAUAGGAGAACAAAAUUAUGACGUCGAUAUACUGGUCGUGGUUGAUGAAGAUAGCAAGACUAGGGGCAUGGGUGUUGAAGUUCAAUGCGGCGCUUGUUGGAGUGAUAGGGGUACUGUUAUAUUCGUUCCAGGGCAAGAUGAUUUAUCCGAGCUCGAUGCCCCAAGGAUCUCGAGAAAAAGUGCCGAAACCGUCGGAUUUCGAGAUGAAGGAUUGGCAAGAAAUCGAGCUCGUUGCACCCGAUCAAGUCGUCACCAAAGCUUUCGUCAUCCUUGCAGCACGGAGGUCUGAGAAGAGCCUUUCUGGAAAGGCCCUGGAGGAUUGGAGACGGCGUCGCCCGACGAUUCUUAUGCUCCAUGCCAAUGCUGGCAACGUGGGACAUAGAUUACCGAUAGCCAAGGUCUUGGUAGAACGAUACGAAUGCAAUGUGGUUGCGAUUUCGUAUCGAGGUUACGGACAUUCCUCAGGCACUCCCUCGGAGAAGGGCAUCCUUCUCGACUCGCAAACCGCCUUCGAUUACAUCAAUUCUCACCCGAUCUUCGACUCUUCUCCGAUCUUCCUCUACGGUCAAAGUUUAGGUGGUGCAGUCGCUAUCGGAUUGGCUGCUAAUAAGGUCAAUAAGGGCAAAAUCACCGGAGUGAUCUUGGAAAAUACCUUUGCAAACUUGAGAAAACUGAUUCCAGUAGUGAUGCCGAUCAUUGGACCGCUAUCAUUUUUAUGUCACCAGACAUGGUAUUCGGACCAACGGAUGACACAGAUAAGCGACGGGUCGGACUCGCCUGCGUUUUUAUUCUUGUCGGGAACAAAGGACGAUUUGAUUCCCACAUCUCACUUCCGGAUCCUCUAUGACCUUUGUCCGUCUAAGCAGAAAUCAUGGAAAGCUUUCAAAGAUGGAAAUCAUAAUGACACUUGUCUUCAAAAGGAUUACUUCCCCACUAUGGGAAGCUGGAUUGAAGAAAUUCACUCCAGUGCUAAACAUGGUUGACCAAUCCACCUUUCCAUUUCUUUCCAACCAAUUCUCUUGUUAAAUCGUCAUUACCUUUCCGCAUGCUCUUACAUAUAGUUUUCUUCUUCACAUGAUGUAUGUGACUUUUUUUCUAUUUUUCUGAAUUUCAAUAUUACAUUCUUCG